AAAUGAUUAGAUUCCGUUUCGAGCUUCGUGAACUAGAUCAACUCCGUCUAGUCGGCAGCUUAAAAAGAAACACAUCUCUCAAUCAAGCUUUUGAGUUAAUUCAGCCAUGGCUUCUCUUCAUGACCCUCCAACAUUUUCAGCUUCCAUACCCCACUUCUUCAAGAUCAUUCUAGAGGACAGUUCUAAAAUCAGAAUUAAAAUUCCAAUGAGGUUUUUGGUGAAAUAUGGAGAGAAUUUAUCAAGUCCAGUACAUCUUAAGCUUCCAAAUGGUGCGGAAAUGGAAAUAGAGCUCAGAAGAUGCAACAAUGGUGGGGUUUGGUUUGACAAGGGUUGGCCAGAGUUCUCAAAGUUUUGCUCUCUUGACUAUGGUAGUUGGCUUGUCUUUGGAUAUGAAGGGAACUCCAACUUCCAUGUGUUGAUAUUUGAUAGAACUGCUACAGAAAUUGAAUAUCCUAAGCCCGAGAUGGAAGAAACUGAUUCUGAAGAAGAAGAAGAAGAACAAGAUGAUGCUGAUGAUGGAUCUGUUGAAAUCUUGGAUGUUUCUGAAGAAGAAGAAGAACAAGAUGAUGCUGAUGAUGAAUCUGUUGAAAACUUGGAUUUUUUUCCACCCCGCCCAAGAAAAGCACGGGAGAAAUCUCCAUUGCCAUGUCCUCAACCGCACAAAAAAAUGAGAACACGUUUGAGUGGAAUGAUGCUUGAAGAGUCACUGAGAAACAAGGCCUCAGAUUGCUCCAAAUCAGAAAUGAAAAGGGACAAAUCUCCAUUAGUACCAUCAGAGGUCAAAGAUGGUGUUGGGAGGAUGCCUUAUAUCAACUACAAGUGGAAAAGAUAUAGCUCUUCAGAGAGCUAUUGCUUUCAAAUCUGUAAACCCUUCUUUCAGGGUUGUCAUGCAACCCUGGUAUGUCAAACAAAGUUUUUUGGUAAGCGUUUCUACAAACAACCUAUGCCAUCCGGGUUUGCCAAGAGACAUCUUAUUGAGCACCCUGCUGGUAAUGUCUUCCUUCGGGUUUCAGAUGGACGAACUUGGUCUGUUAAAUUCAAAUAUGAAAAAUCAGUAGCUCGAUUCCAGUAUGGUUGGUUGGGAUUUGUAAGGGACAACAAUUUGGAAGCGGAUGAUGUGUGUGUCUUUAGCUUGAUCGAGGACGUGAAACUUUCAUUUGAUGUUGUCUUUUUCCGGACUACAGAAGAAGCUGCAAAUUGCCUCUUGUCUCCAGGGAGACAUGAUUUUCCAACUAAAAAAGAUGGUGGAGGCACAUCUAGCAAUCGAACUGGAAAAGCUACAGCUCUUGACAGAGCGAAUGCUUUCAGAUCGCAAAACCCUUCUUUUAUUGUUUCGAUUAGGCUCAGUUACAUCAAUCGUUGGGGUUUGUGCUUGCCAUCCAAGUUUUACAAGCUAUCUCCUAGUAUUAAGCAUUCCUGUGAAGUCAUCCUUCAAGUUUCGGAUGGGAGAACUUGGUCUGUUGGUUUGAGCAAAGGAAGGCCCAGAUUCAGGCGUGGUUGGAUGGACGUUGUGCGUGACAAUCAUUUGGAAGUUGGUGAUCUGUGUCUUUUUGUGUUGAUUUCCAGCAAAAGUACACCUUUAUUUGAUCUUGUCAUUUUCCGCUCUGGAGAAGGUGCAAAGUGCACCAAUGAUGGGGAGCAAAUAGUACCUACGAAGAAAGAAACUGAUAAUGAAGAUGGGGAUUCGAGUGAUGAUUCUAGUAACGAUUCGAGUGAUGAUUCUGGUGAUGAUACUGUUGAAAUCAUGGACAAGUUUCCACCCCCAAGAAAAACAAGGGUGGUGAAAAGAUCUUGAAAAUCUGGUGAAAUGUCCUUAUCAAUUGAUCUUUAAGUCAGUUAACCAAUUGGACAAAUCAGAUUCCUUCCUGUAAUUGCAAGAUGUAUCAGUCCUUUUGUGGUUUUUUAAGUUUCUCCUUUCUUUCCGUACAGAAUGUGCUCGUGAGAUUAUCAGCCCUAUCAAACUAACAAGAUCCCUUUGUAUUCUGAAGCCAAUUCACACUUUGUAUCAUGCCCUCAUUUAAUGAUAGAUGAUUCUGUGUCCCCAAGGCAGAUGAAUUUCUUAAUCUGCUGGCUAAACUUAAUAUUCAAAUUUUACUUUCA